AUGGGACCGGCGAGCGUGAAGGCAUCUCGAAGGGCAAGAGAGAGAUCGGUGCGACCCAAGCUGCCACCUCAGCACAUCGUCAUCAGCGAUUCGUCUGACGUGGAAGAGGCCGUAGCGCUGGAGGGAAGAGGUUCAAGCAGCGCAAGCGAGAGCGAAGAUGGGUUCGAAGUGAUAGUACGAUCCAGAAGCACAGCUUCGCUGCUUAGCAAUAAUUCUCUUCGGAGGGGCAAGGCUCGGGCACUCGAGCUUCCGCUCGAGGUGUCGGAUAGUGGAGAGGAGACCGAUCACACUGUCGACGCUCAGGACGAGGAUCGGGCAAAAGGAGGCGUUUCUGCGGACGAUGCGGAUAGUUGGGAGCCAGAGACGCCCACUCCGCCUCCUUCGAUAACCUCGCGUACGGACAGGGGAUUGGGAUCUCCAUCACGUGGCGAGUCUGUGGAUCACGUCGACGAACGAGCUCCGAGCCACGCCUCUGGUAGCCAAAGACGCUUGUCGCCUAUGAGCUCUCAUCCCUUUUUGAACGGCGGGGGUGGAUCUCGUAGCUCUGCAGGCUCGGGACACUCCGAAUCCGAUGCCAGCAUGAAUACACCGGAAAGGUUGUCUCAAGCAGGCGGUCUGCCUAGCGCUCAUCACGAGUCUCUAGCAAUGUCGCUCGAGCCUCAAGAGGAGAAAAGGCGCCAUGCGAAGGAUCAAGAAGCUACGAUCCUUGAAGCAAAUGCAGAAACAUCUCGGAGAGCCGCUGAGCGAGAAGCGGAAGAUCUAGCUGCGGCGGCAAGAGCGGAGGAAGAGCGACUCGCAGCAGAGGCCGAAGCAGCGCGAAGAGGCGCAGAAGCGGAAGCGGGCAGACGCGCUGCGGAAGAAGAGGCUCAGCGCAAGGCGGAGGAGGAAGAGCGACUCGCAGCAGAGGCCGAAGCAGCGCGAAGAGGCGCAGAAGCGGAAGCAGCCAGACGCGCUGCGGAAGAAGAGGCUCAGCGCAAGGCGGAGGAGGAAGAGCGAGCGAUGCUUGAAAACUUGCAGAUGCUGUUACAAUCCAACGAGAAUGACGACGAUUCUGCGGCUGGCACAGACGACGAAUCCUACGAAGCACGGCGCCUGCGCAAGCUGAAAGCUAAUGAGGAAAUCUUGGCCCAACUAGGCCUCGGUGGUGGUGGCUCCAAAGGUCUCAUAGAAGGUCAAGAGAGAUCCUUUCUGGCCGAAUCUGAAUCUGCGGCGCCUGAGGGAGAGGAUUUUGACGAAGCUGCUGGUGAUAUGUCAACGUCAGAAGCGAUAGAAAGGCGAGGUAGAGGCCGGCCAGCCAAAGCAUCACGAGCGCCUCGACAUGGCUCGACAUGGGCCAAUCACGCCGGGAAACGGACACUGAAGCUUGCAGAGGAUGGUACGACGACGUCUUUGCCCCUCAAAGGAACAUCGCACGAAGUCGCUUACGUCGAUCUUCCGGCUUUGCGCAGCAGGCAAAGGCUGGGCUUUUUGUUCUGCAUCGACGAUGUGCGAGUGCGCGCCCCUACGCCAGAGCUCGUCAGCGAAAGCGAGUCCAGCCAAGAGUCCGAAGCGGAGGAUUUCAUUGAGGAAGCUUUACCAGAGGCUAGCGAGACUCCGGCGAAGAGAGGACGCGGUAGACCACCAAAGGAUAAAUCUGCGCAGCCUCAAAAGGCUGCGAAGCCAGAAAAGAAUGUCAAGCCUAAGAGGGCAGUCAAUGUCGGGGAUACCUGGGACGGCUCGCUUGAUAUGGCGAGUGCCACUCGGCAUGGUGGUGGAGACUUGAGAGCGUGUAUAGCCUAUCUGACUCUUAUCUACGCCUUGUGUCUUUGUGACAGUCUGAAUGGACCAGCUGUCACCAGUGCCGCCGCAAGGUCAGCCACACAAAGGCGAGAGAGUGCACGAAUAAAGAGGAAGACCGUAGAUGCCCCAUGAAGUUUUGCUUUGCCUGUAUGCAGAUCCGAUAUGGCGUGGAUCAGGUAUCCUUAAAGGCGGCGGACGAGUUCAUUUGUCCUCGAUGCCAGGGUUUCUGCAACUGCAGGUGGGUACGAUUUCGGUCAAAGCCUGUUGUUUCUCUGCUCCAUGACUCACGUGCCGGGCGUCGUCCUGCGACCUUGCCGAUAAAGCCUCUGCUUGCGAAAGCGCGGCCUGGAGGAUCUGCUUGCUCAGCAGAGUGGCGGGCGUGCCACGUCUCUUUCAACUAUGAUAGGCCACCACGCCAGCGUGCAUCACUUCCUAGUCGCCCUCAUAGGCAGAGAAUUGUUUGGAUCUCCGGGACUCGCAAAAAAUCAAGGCAUGAAGGGACCAAAAGCUGCCAUUGCCGCGAGAGUGGCACGUGCAGCUCGAGAUGCAAAGGCUCUCUCUGCCAAAGCUAUUGACCCCGCUGCACCUCCUGCCAAGCAUUCUCCAGAGAGCCAAGGAGGCAGACAAGACCUCAAACGUGCGAUGCUAACAUAUGGUAAGCGAGACGCGGUAACUACUCCUGAUGCCAAGGGGGAUCGCAGUAUAUCUGCAGGAGCUGUAUCGCUCACGGGAAGGAAGCUAAGACGCGCUGAAGGGUCACCAAGCAUAGCCGAACAAGCGGCUGACCUCUUUGCGGAAGUCGAUCAUGACGGCAAACGCGUUACCAUACACCAUUUCAAGUCGCCCGAGGGCAAAUGGAGGCAAUUGUACAUUCGCCUGCUACCCUUGAAAGCGCAUCUUCAAGCUCUACUUCGAGCGGAGGAAGAGAUGGACAAGCAGGGAGAAUUUGAGAGCUCAGAUGAGGACGCUCCUGCAGAGGAUGCGGCCGCUGAGCCACAGCGGCAAGGAUCAGGCAAGUCGAGCAAGACGAAGCGCGGCGAAAGCUCAAUCCACAUAUCUUCGGCUUUGAUAACCUCGAAAGCAAAAGCCAAGGCCCAGCCUCGAGCGAGGCCUGUCGAGGAGCGCAACGUUUGGGUCAAAGGCGCUGCAGAUGUGUCCGACGCAGACACCGACCUCUCGGACGUCAUCUCAAAGAAUGAGGCACCGGCACCUUCGACGAAAGCGACCUCUAGGAAACGCAAGCGGUCUGCAAUUGAGGAUGAAGAUUCGGACCUAUCCUCGGCUCCUUCCGAGCCCACUCAGACGCGGACGUCGCCUCAACAGUCGACGCUUCAAUUCAAGGUGGCAACGGCGAAAGCGCCAUCUCAACCUGUCCUCGCCGCGGAUGUGCCCCGCUUCCUACCCUCACCAGAAAGCGUCUCAUCACCCUCGUUAUUCGAUUCAGCGACGGGACACCACGAGCGCUUCAUGCCGCAUCCCCCUGCCAUGCAUUGCAGACCGCCAGCGCUCGAUGGACUGUCGUUCCAUGACCCGCUUCUGGGCAAUGCAGUAUCCACCUUCGGUAAUGAGCUUCCACCCCCUCACGUGAUGCAAUCCGGUCACCAAAUUGGUCAGAUCGCGCCAAGCUACAUGGAAGGGCCGCCCCCGUAUCUGGGCUAUGCAGAGCAACUGUCGUCUUUCUACCCGAGAUCAUUCAGUCGACCUCCGAUGCCCCCCUCUAGGCGAUCGAACGACUUGCCGCUACCACUUCCACCCUUGCCUCCAGUUCCGCCUGGUUCUUUACCGCAUGAGCUUCAUCCCACGACACAUGCUUCGUCACCUGCCUUUUCAUCAUCUGUACUACCUGCCCUUUCAGCUCCGGCUCACUCGCAUUCUGCGAUGCAACAACCAUCCCCCUUUCAACAGCACCGGCAAAUGCGCAACGAAGAGACACUUAGCCCAGCCAGCUUCUUCCCACCGCCACCUCCACUUACGAAUCCAGAGCCAUCUCACCCGUCGAGCUCUAGCAGCAACGGUUGGUUUCCACGCACCACGCGCUCUCGAGGCUUGUAG